CACACUUACUUCUCCCUGCAGCUUCCCAUCUCAAGGCAGCUGCAUGAUUUCCUGAGCAUUUUAUUGCUGGAGCUAGGGAUAAAAGCUCAUUUAUAUAUACAAACAGCAAUUCUCCAGUUUCUAUUUUUCCUCCUUCUCUGUUCAUUCUCCUCCCCAAUUUGCAUCAGAGAAGCCAAACUCUGGCAUACUUUAAACAGUUUGAGGAUUAAUCUGAAAGAGGAAGAAGACUCUGUAUAUAUUGGCUAGCAGAUGUGCCCUGCCCCGCCCUCUCCCCUCUUGAAAAUAGCAGCGAUCCAUCUUUGCAAAGAAGCUUGCCUAGAGAGCAAGCACAUAUAAAAAUCUCCAAGGUAUCCUGAUUUGCUCGGCAGCUCACCAAUGAAGGUUAGCUCUCCAAGGGACUCGUAGAUACAUUUACUGAAGACCUGGAGUCUGUUUCUGAGAGCCAGUGCAAAAGGAUCCUAAACUGUGAACCUUGAAGACAGCAGCUUGGGCAUACUUUGACAUUCCAAAGAAGAACUGACCAUCAUAAGAAGGAAUAUUUGUGAAGACUACUGCAGUUCCAGAAAGAGGCACCAAGCAAACAUUCCUAGAGAAACAUGGAUGGAGCUGGAAAUCUGACAGUAUCUUCUUCCAGUAAUAACACGUGCCAUGACACUAUUGAUGACUUCCGCAAUCAAGUGUAUUCCACCUUAUACUCUAUGAUCUCUGUUGUGGGUUUCUUUGGCAAUGGCUUUGUGCUCUACGUCCUCAUAAAAACAUAUCAUGAGAAAUCAGCCUUCCAAGUAUAUAUGAUUAACUUAGCUGUAGCAGAUCUCCUGUGUGUGUGCACAUUGCCUCUCCGUGUGGUCUAUUAUGUUCACAAAGGCAUUUGGCUCUUCGGAGACUUUUUGUGCCGCCUCAGCACCUAUGCCCUAUAUGUUAACCUCUACUGUAGCAUCUUCUUUAUGACAGCCAUGAGCUUUUUCCGAUGUGUUGCAAUUGUUUUCCCAGUCCAAAACAUUAAUUUGGUUACACAGAAAAAAGCCAGGUUUCUGUGUGUUGGCAUUUGGAUUUUUGUUAUUUUGACUAGUUCUCCAUUUUUAAUGGCCAAAUCUUACAAAGAUGAAAAAAACAAUACAAAGUGUUUUGAGCCUCCUCAGGACAAUCAGGCCAAAAAUCAUGUUUUGAUCUUGCAUUAUGUGUCAUUAUUCAUUGGCUUCAUCAUCCCUUUUGUUAUUAUAAUUGUCUGCUACACGAUGAUCAUUUUGACCUUACUAAAAAAUUCUAUGAAGAAAAAUAUGUCAAGUCGUAAAAAGGCUAUAGGAAUGAUCAUAGUUGUGACAGCUGCCUUUUUAAUCAGCUUCAUGCCAUAUCAUAUUCAACGCACAAUCCACCUUCAUUUUUUACACAAUGAAACUAAACCCUGUGAUUCUGUCCUUCGAAUGCAGAAGUCAGUGGUCGUAACCUUGUCUCUAGCUGCAUCAAAUUGUUGCUUUGACCCUCUUCUAUAUUUCUUUUCAGGGGGGAACUUUAGGAGAAGGCUGUCUACAUUUAGAAAACAUUCUUUGUCCAGCAUGACUUAUGUACCCAAGAAGAAGGCCUCCUUCCCAGAAAAAGGAGAAGAAAUAUGUAAAGAAGAAUUUAAACCCAUAUCCAGUGUAAACCAAUGAAGAGUUUCCCAAACAUUUUCUAAAAUAAUUUACAAUAAAAAUUUCCAUUAACAAUUUGCAAAUAUUUAA